AUGUCUCAAGUGCAGUGGAAGAAAUUCCAAUUCUUUGACGUCAAGAAUCUAGGCUCUGAGUCUUCUCGCUCUGCUUCUUCUGCCCGUUCCACAAGUGUUGCAGCAGUCUCUGAAGCAUCCGAGCCAGAUCCAGAAUCUAUCAAAAACUUAUCUGAAAUCACACGAAUGAGAUUCCUUUGCAACAUUUUAGGCAUAUUUUGGGUCGGAACCACCUCAGGCAGGAUUUUCUGCUGUCUUGGCGACGAGGUCAAAUCAACAUUUCAAGCUCACACCCACAACUUAUACUGUAUGGCAAAAUCCCGCAGACAUCCUUUACUAAUCACAGUAGGCUUAGAUGAAGGCGAUUUUAACCGAAGGGCUCUUAUUAAAUUCUGGGACAUUUCAGACACAAAUUCACCUCGCGAAAUAAUUUCAAUACCUCUCCCAGAUGCAAUGGCCUGGUCAAGCAUAGAUCCCAAGCCCAUACCCCUCUAAUAGAUCCCAACCCCACCACCGAUUAUAUAGGUAGACAAAAUAUAUUAAUUUAGCAAUCAUGGCAUAUAGAUUUCUCUAUCGAUUAGUUUAAAAAUAGGCGGUGAAGACCUUGACGGAUCCUAUCGAAUGGGCAAGCUGGAUCUCAAUGGUAUGAAGGAUUAAAAAGUGGCAUGCCAAAAAAUGGUUGAGUUUACAGGCUUUACAAAUAUGAGUUUGAACCUUUAUCUACAAAAUUUGCAAUUUUUUUUAAAUUAUAUAUUCUGCUAAAACGCAUAUUGACUGAAAAGUUUUUAUUUUUACUUAUUUAACCACAUUUAACUUUUGUUAAACACUCCUAUAUGAGCUUUUAACAACUUCGCGCAUAAAGAAUUUCCUUCAAUAUAAGCUUUGCAAAUAAGAGUAAGUUUUCAUUAACAAUUCAGAUUGUUUUUAUAAAAUUCCCCAAAAACACGCAUGACUGAUAAAUUUUAAAUUUUACUUAUUAAGCCAUAUUUAACUUUUGCUUACUCCCCCCCCCCCCUCCGUGAGCGAACAAAACCAUUAGAAAAAUCGCCAUUUUUUGACCAAAAACCCACCCUCCGUGAGUGAACAAAAAUUUUUUUAAUAGAAAAAAUUUUAAUGGAAAAAAAUUUUGAUAUAUAAGUGAUAAUUAGUAUAAUGAAAUCUAGAGCUAAUUCUGUUUAAUUUUAAACAAAUUGCGUUUUUAAAACAUAAAUUUUGCAAAUUAAAUUAAUAUUUGCUUCCCAAUUUUUGCAAAUUAGGAUUUUUUUAAAUUUCGAAAAAAAUAUUUUUUAUAAAAUUUAUAUAUAAAUUUUUUUUUUAAAAAAAAAAAUUAACCCCCCCUCCGUGAGCGAACAAAAUUUUUUUGUUCGCUCACGGGGGGGGGGGGGAGUUAGCAAUCAUCAUAUAACUUCGUAUUUAAUAAGCUUCCUUCAAUACAGACUUUACAAAUAAGAGUUUCAAUCUUCAUCAAUAAAUUGGCAUUUGUUUUAUAAAGCUCGAUCCUUCGACAAAACACACAUUAACUAACAAUUUUAAUAAUAAAGCCAUUUUAAAAAUCAGUAAGCUUGCUUGUCUAGUUAAGCACAAACCCUUCCCCACCCCUCAAUACAAACUACCUAGUCUUGAUAAUAAGAAAUAUGAGAUAUUGCAGUAUUUUCGCUUUCAAGUUAUCAAAAUACUAUUUAUAACAUGUUUACAAAUAUAUUCAAUUCUCGAUUUCAUAUCUCUAGGCUAAAAGAAUUUUUUUUGGUAAAAAGUUUUUACACUAAUGAAUAAGAGAGUUAAUACAGAAGUACCCUGGAUUUCACUUUUAUCUCGUACUUUAAGCAUGAAUCCAGUCGAACUCUGCUUUAUAAUGAAUAGGAACAAAUAAAUGCUUUUAGCAGGUUUAAUAUUUUUAAAUAGCUUAUUUAACAUAUAAAACAUGAAUUAUCUUAUUUAAAAAAUAUCUACCAUUUAAAAAUCCUUUCUAUAGUAGAAAUAUGAAAUAAAGUAUAAUAUAUGUAAGCAUGCUAUAAAUCGGUUUUAAUGGUUUAGUAAUGAAAAUACCACAAAGUGUCUUAUAUUUCUUAUUAUCACGACUAGAUAGUUUGAUAUUGAGGAGGGUGGGAGGUGGAGGUGGGAUCCAUGAUCUCAUGGGGUUGGAGUGUGGGUGGGAUCUGUGCUUGAUCAAUGGCCAACGCAGCACUUUGCUUUGUAAUCACUGAUGAUCUAACCAGGAUGGCUGUCGGCUUAAACACUGGACAAAUUUAUUUAGUCAUGGGAGAUAUUCUCGCAGGGCCUAAAGGUCUCAAUAAAAGAGUUCUAAAUACAAGUGACCCAAAGAACCCUAUCACAAAUUUGUUUUUUUUAAAUAAAGGAGGAGCAAUGUUCUUGUUUUACACGACCAUGAAAUCAGUUGGAUCUUUUCUGAUAAAAGAAAAAAAUGAGGUCCAUAAUCAGCUACAAGAAGGAGAUGGCUGUGCGUAUAUGUGUGCUGAUGUCGAUGAAAAGAAAGAAAGACUUAUUGUAGGAAUGGCUGGAAUGGACGUGGUCACUAUUUUUUAUCCUGAAUUCAGAGGGCAGACUUGGUCUUUUGAAGGAGAAAAAACAACGAUCAGGUGUUCGAAAAAUCACGUCGUGGUAGUUUCUGUAGUAAAAAACCAGCACCAAUUGACGAUUUAUGAUGUCGACAACAAAUUGAUAGCCUUUUUGCAAAAUUAUUCACAGAUUGACCACGUUUUAAGUGAAGAAGAUGGGAUUUAUAUUAUUUCGAGAAACACGAAAAAAGAGAUUGUAAUACAGCAAUUGAUGGAAAAGGAUACUUCAGAAAAACUUGCUAUUUUGUUUAAGAAAAAUAGCUAUGAUAUUGCUUACUCUAUGGCAAGAUCUGAAGGGUAUGAAGAGUCGUUUAUAGCAGAAAUCAGCAGGAUGCAAGGGGAUCAUUAUUAUAAUAAAGGAGAUUUCGAUAAUGCCAUUAACUAUUAUAAGCAGACAGUUGGGCACUUAGAAGCGUCGUAUGUGAUUAUUAAGUUCCUGGAUGCGUCAAAAAUCAAUUACUUGACGAACUAUUUGGAGCAUCUGCAUAAUAAGCAUCAAGCUAAUAACGAGCACACUGCGCUGCUGCUGAACUGCUAUGUCCAUUUAAAAGCUACCCAAGAGCUAGCCCAUUUCUUAGCCCAGUCUGAUGAUGACUAUGAGCUUUUUGACCCGAAAACAGCUAUUGAUGUAUGUUGUGGGGCAAAAUGCUACGACCUAGCCCUGGACUUAGCAGCCAAGCAUAAAAUGCACUCAGUUUAUAUAAAAAUCCUUAUUGAGGAACAAAAAAAUUUCAGAGAAGCGUUAAGGUAUAUGGAAUCGGACAUGUCACACUCAGGAGUUGCAAAGCUUUUUAAAGACUAUGGCCAAGUCCUUAUAAAAAAUGAAUCAACUGCAACCCGAGAGAUGCUUUUCAGGAUGAUAAAUAAUUUGAAUUUAAAACAAAACUUGACAAACGCUUUGCCUGAGACUGAAAAAGAUGAAAAACAAAGAAGGGAGGCAGAAGAGCCGGAAGACUACUUAAUGGAAGAAAACGCCAAAAAGCCGGUUACUUUAACUUAUCAUCAAGUAUUGGAAGCAAUUAUGAGUGGCUUGGUAAAUGACCCAGAAGUGCUUGACGAACUGCUAACUGCAAUUAUUAAAAAAGUCCCAGACAUUGACCCAUUUGUGUACCACAAACUUUUUGAGCUAUAUUUACAACAAAGAAAGCCUAUCCAGGACCAAGAAGUUUUGAAGAAGUCCAGACAAGGCUCCACCGUUGAACUCUAUAGCAACAGUCGAAAAUUCGAAGCCUCAGACUAUGCCCGCAAAAUCAAAGAUCUCUUGGAAAGCGCCAAUAACCGCUAUGAUAAACAUUAUGUCUUGAUGCUCUUCAAAAUGUACGAUUUCAGCGAAGGUGUUGUAUAUUUGUCACAAUUUAUGGACAACCAACAAGAGCUUAUGUUCCAUUAUAUCAAAACCAACGACGUCUUAAAUAUCUGGAACACCUGCAUGAAGUAUGGCAAAGAGGAUAACGAUUUGUGGCUACAAGCCUUGACUUAUUUUUGCAGCAAGGAUGACCCAAGAGGUGUCCCUUACAUUCAAAAAAUUUUGAAAGAAAUUGAGCAAAAAGAAUUCCUAACACCUUUAAUUGUCCUUGAAAUUUUAUGCAAAAGCAAAAAAAUCACUUUUGAGACUGUAAAAAAUUACUUGAAAAAGCAGCUGCAGAGGCAGCAGAAAUCGAUGGAGUCAGACCAGGUAGAGUUUGAAAGGAAUAUGGUCAAUAUUUCGCAGAAGAAAAAAGAAAUAUAUGAGCUUAAGACACAGUGCAGGAAGUUCCAGUUUAAUAAAUGUGCAAAUUGUGAUGGGAAGCUGUCACUGCCAAGUGUUCACUUUAUGUGCUCACAUAGCUACCACCAACACUGCUUGCCUGAUAAUGAAAGAGAAUGCCAGCUAUGCUCUGAUAUGGCAAUGAGAGCGCUGGAAAGGAAAAAUGAAUUUAAAAACCAAAGCAUGAAUCAUGAGACAUUUUAUAAAGAGCUAGGUGCAGACCGCUUCGACGCAAUUGCAAAGUACUUCGGCCGCGGCUUGUUUUCAGGUACAUAA